ACGGAGGUGCUGGACGAGGACCGGCAGUCAGUGAGCGCAGUGGACUACUACUUCAUCCAGGAGGAUGGGAGCCGCUUCAAGGUGGCCCUACCCUACAAGCCAUACUUCUACAUUGCUACCCAGAAGGGCUGUGAGCGGGAAGUGUCCUCAUUCCUCUCCAAGAAGUUCCAAGGAAAGAUUGCAAAGCUGGAAACUGUCCCCAAAGAGGACUUGGACUUGCCAAACCACUUGGUAGGCCUGAAGAGGAACUACAUCAAGCUGUCCUUCAACACUGUGGAGGACUUGUUGAAGGUGCGGAAGGAAAUCUCUCCUGCCGUGAGGAAAAACAGGGAGCAGGACCAGGCGAGUGACGUCUACACAACCAUGCUGUCGAGUGCUCUGAGUGGGGGCAGUCUAAGCACAGAUGAGGAAGGAGCCUCAAAAAAAGUUGCCAACCAGAUGGACAACAUCGUGGAUAUGCGGGAGUAUGAUGUGCCUUACCAUGUUCGCCUUUCCAUUGAUCUGAAGAUCCAUGUGGCUCACUGGUACAACGUGCGAUACCGGGGCAGCACCUACCCGCCCGAAAUCACCCGCCGAGAUGACCUUGUGGAGAGGCCGGAUCCUGUUGUUCUUGCCUUUGAUAUUGAAACAACCAAACUCCCUUUGAAGUUUCCUGAUGCAGACACAGACCAGAUCAUGAUGAUCUCCUACAUGAUUGAUGGGCAGGGCUACCUGAUCACAAACAGGGAGAUUGUCUCAGAGAACAUUGAAGACUUUGAGUUUACUCCCAAGCCAGAGUAUGAGGGUCCGUUUUGUGUCUUUAACGAACCAGAUGAGGCUCAUUUAAUCCGGAGAUGGUUUGAACAUGUCCAGGAGACCAAACCCACCAUCAUUGUCACAUACAAUGGAGACUUCUUUGACUGGCCCUUUGUGGAAGCAAGAGCAGCAGUUCAUGGAAUUAAUAUGUAUCAGGAAAUUGGGUUUCAGAAGGACAGCCAGGGAGAGUACAAAGCAUCCCAGUGCAUCCACAUGGACUGUCUGAGGUGGGUGAAGAGAGACAGUUACCUCCCAGUGGGAAGUCACAACCUGAAAGCAGCAGCUAAAGCAAAGCUGGGUUAUGAUCCAGUGGAGCUGGACCCUGAGGAGAUGUGCCGGAUGGCCAUGGAGGAGCCUCAGACCCUGGCCACCUACUCAGUAUCUGAUGCUGUUGCUACUUACUACAUGUACAUGAAGUACGUGCAUCCCUUCAUUUUUGCCUUGUGUACCAUCAUUCCCAUGGAGCCUGAUGAGGUGUUAAGAAAAGGAUCUGGGACACUGUGCGAGGCACUGCUGAUGGUUCAGGCCUAUCAUGCCAACAUCAUCUUCCCCAACAAGCAGGAGCAGGAAUUCAACAAGCUUACAGAAGAUGGACAUGUGCUGGACUCAGAGACCUAUGUGGGAGGCCAUGUGGAAGCACUGGAAUCAGGGGUGUUCCGCAGUGACAUUCCCUGCCGCUUCAAAAUGAAUCCUGCUGCCUUCGACUUCCUGGUGCAGCAUGUGGAGAAGACCUUGCAGCAUGCCAUUGAGGAGGAGGAGGGAAUUCCCUUGGAUCAGGUCACCAACUUCCAGGAGGUUUGUGAUGAAAUCAAGGCCAAGUUGAAUUCCCUGAAGGAUGUUCCCAACAGAAUUGAGUGUCCUCUUAUCUAUCAUCUGGAUGUGGGGGCCAUGUACCCCAACAUCAUUCUGACCAACAGGUUGCAGCCCUCUGCCAUGGUGGAUGAGGCCACAUGUGCUGCCUGUGACUUCAACAAGCCAGGUGCCAACUGUCAGCGCCGGAUGACGUGGCAGUGGAGAGGAGAGUUCAUGCCUGCCAGCCGCAGUGAGUACCACCGCAUCCAGCAGCAGCUGGAGUCAGAGAAGUUCCCCCCCUUGUUCCCUGAUGGACCACCCCGUGCCUUCCAUGAGCUUUCCCAGGAAGAACAAGCCAAAUAUGAGAAAAAGCGCCUAGCAGAUUACUGCCGCAAGGCAUACAAGAAGAUCCACGUCACCAAGGUGGAGGAGCGAGUCACCACCAUCUGCCAACGAGAAAACUCUUUCUACGUGGACACUGUGCGAGCGUUCCGGGACCGCCGAUAUGAGUUCAAGGGGCUGCACAAGGUGUGGAAGAAGAAGCUGUCUGCAGCAGUGGAGACCGGAGAUGCCUCUGAAGUGAAACGCUGCAAGAACAUGGAGAUCCUCUAUGACUCCCUUCAGCUGGCCCACAAGUGCAUCCUCAACUCCUUCUAUGGAUAUGUCAUGCGGAAAGGAGCUCGCUGGUACUCCAUGGAAAUGGCUGGCAUUGUCUGCUUCACAGGGGCAAAUAUCAUCACCCAGGCCAGAGAGCUGAUCGAACAGAUUGGGAGACCUCUAGAACUGGAUACCGAUGGGAUUUGGUGUGUCCUUCCCAACAGUUUCCCAGAGAACUUUGUCAUCAAGUCAACCAAUAUCAAGAAGCCAAAAGUAACCAUCUCUUACCCAGGUGCCAUGCUGAACAUCCUGGUGAAAGAAGGCUUCACAAAUGACCAGUACCAGGAGCUGCAGGAUCCAGCCUCACUCACCUACGUCACGCGCUCAGAGAACAGCAUCUUUUUUGAAGUGGAUGGUCCAUACCUGGCCAUGAUCCUUCCAGCCUCCAAAGAGGAGGGCAAGAAGCUGAAGAAAAGGUACGCCGUGUUCAAUGAGGAUGGGUCCCUGGCUGAGCUGAAGGGGUUUGAGGUGAAACGCCGGGGAGAACUGCAGCUGGUGAAGAUAUUCCAGUCAUCUGUGUUCGAAGCCUUUCUGAAAGGCAGCACCCUGGAGGAGGUCUACGCUUCCGUGGCCAAGGUGGCCGAUUACUGGCUGGAUGUGCUCUACAGCAAGGCUGCCAACAUGCCUGAUUCAGAGCUGUUUGAGCUCAUCUCAGAGAACCGCUCCAUGUCACGCAAACUGGAGGACUACGGGGAGCAGAAGUCCACCUCCAUCAGCACUGCCAAGCGCCUGGCAGAGUUUUUGGGGGACCAGAUGGUGAAGGAUGCAGGGCUGAGCUGCCGUUUCAUCAUUUCCAAGAAACCAGAAGGGUCUCCUGUCACCGAGAGGGCCAUCCCCCUUGCCAUCUUCCAAGCUGAGCCCAGUGUGCGCAAGCACUACCUCCGGAAAUGGCUGAAGAGCCCCUCGCUGCAGGACUUCAACAUUCGCGCGAUCCUGGACUGGGACUACUACAUCGAGAGGCUGGGCAGCACCAUCCAGAAAAUCAUCACCAUUCCUGCAGCCCUGCAGCAGGUAAAAAACCCAGUGCCACGGGUCCGACACCCAGACUGGCUUCACAAGAAGCUCCUGGAGAAGAAUGAUGUGUACAAACAGAAAAAAAUCAAUGAGCUUUUUGUUUCAAAAGGCAAGAAACAGAUUCUUGCCAACCCGCCUGUGGAGGGGACACCCAGCUCACAGGUCAGUGAUAUAGAGGACUUUGGGGCUGUCAAGAUCCCUCUGCCACUGGUUCCCAUUGCAAAUAAGCGGAAGCGCAUCCCUGCAGCAGAGGAAAGCCAAGAGAUGUCCCAGGAACUGGAGCUGUCCCAGUCCUGGCGAGAGAUCCUGGGCCCACCUCCAUCCCUUGGCACCACCAAGGAGGAGCGUCUGGUGUGGCUGCGCUUCCACCAGAAGAAGUGGGAGCUGCAGGCUCGGCAGCGAUUGCUGAGACCAGCCAGCCUGGGCUGUUCCGGCUGUGGGCGGUGAUAGGGAGUGACCUGCACUGCAUUAAGCUGAGCAUCCCCCGUGUCUUCUACGUCAAUCAGCGCGUCCCAAAGCCUGAGGAGGGAACAGCCUACAGGAAGGUAAACAGAAUCCUGCCCCGCUCCAACUUAGUUUACAACCUGUACGAAUACUCUGUUCCUGAAGACAUGUACCAAGAGCACAUCAACGAAAUCAAUGCAGACCUCUCUGCUCCGGACAUCGAGGGAGUGUAUGAGACACAGGUGCCACUGCUGUUCCGUGCCGUGAUCCACCUGGGCUGUGUGUGCAUGGUCAGCAGGCAGCUCGUCCGGCACCUGGCAGGGCGAGAGGCUGAAACCUUCAACAUUGAGCACCUGGAGAUGCGCUCACUGGCUCAGUUCACUUACCUGGAGCCAGGAAGCAUUCGCCACAUCUACCUGUACCACAGUGCCCAGGGCAGCAAGGCAGUCCUGGGCCUCUUCAUCCCCUCCCAGCGCAAGGCUGCUGUCUUUGUGCUGGACAAGGUACGCAGCAACCAGAUGCCAAACCUCACCACCCUGUUCUCAGUGGAGCGCGCGGCUCUGCUGGAAAAGGUGGGCAAGGAGCUCUUGCCCCCAGACAAACACACCUUCGAGGUGCGCGCUGAGACCGACCCCAAGGCCAUCUACAGAGGCGUCCAGCGGCUGCUCUUGGGCUACAAGGAUGAGCGCCGGGGCCCCACAUUGGUGGCUGUGCAGUCCAACUGGGACCUGAAGCAGCUGGCAAGCGGGAUCCCCAUCAUGGAGGAGUUCCCCUUGGUCCCCAUCCGGCUGGUAGACGACAUCAGCUACUCCGUCCUGGACUGGCAGCGCCAUGCCGCCCGCCGCAUGAUUCGCCACUACCUCAACCUGGACACCUGCCUCUCCCAGGCUUUUGAGAUGAGCAGGUACUACCACAUCCCCAUUGGAAACCUCCCUGAUGACAUCUCCACCUUCGGCUCUGACCUGUUCUUCUCACGCCACCUUCGUCGUCACAACCACCUGCUGUGGCUGUCCCCCACGGCCCGCCCCGACCUGGGGGGGAAGGAGGCCGAUGACAACCGCCUGGUCAUGGAGUUUGAUGAGAGAGCCUCAGUCGAGAUCAACAAUCCUGGCUGCUACUCCACAGUGUGUCUGGAGCUGGACAUCCAGAGCCUGGCUGUGAACACCGUGUUGCAGUCCCACCACGUGAAUGACAUGGAAGGAGGCUCCAGCAUGAGCAUUAGCUUCGAUGUGAUUCAGCAGGCAUCCCUGGAGGACAUGGUCACAGGGAACCAAGCUGCCAACAUCCCAGCCAGCUAUGAUGAAACUGCCCUCUGCUCCAACACUUUCAGGAUUUUGAAGAGCAUGGUGGUGAGCUGGGUGAAGGAGAUUACGCAGUACCACAAUGUCUAUGCAGACAACCAGGUCAUUCACUUUUACCGCUGGCUCCGCUCUCCUUCCUCCCUGCUUUAUGACCCAGCACUGCACCGCACGCUCCACAACAUGAUGAAGAAGCUUUUCCUACAGCUAGUGGCUGAGUUCAAGCGCCUGGGCUCUUCUGUGGUCUACGCCAACUUCAACCGCAUCAUCCUGUGCACCAAGAAGCGGCACAUUGAGGAUGCCAUCAGCUACAUGGAGUAUAUCAUCAACAGCAUCCACUCCAAGGAGAUCUUCCACUCUCUGACCAUCUCAUUCUCCCGGUGCUGGGAGUUUCUGCUCUGGAUGGACCCAGCAAAUUAUGGAGGUAUCAAGGGAAAAGUGGAUUCUCGCAUCCACUAUGGGGAGAAGGACACCAGGAAGACAUUGGAGGAGGAGGAGGAGAGUGAGGAAGAGGAGGAGGAGGUAGCGAGGGAAGAAGAGGAGGAGAAAGGGGAGCCAGAUGUGGAGGAGCUGCUGGAAAAUAACUGGAACAUUGCACAGUUCCUGCCCCAGGCCGGCUCCUGCCAGAGCUACUUCUUGAUGAUCAUAUCAGCCUACAUCGUGGCUGUGUACCACAGCAUGAAGGAAGAACUGCGGCGUAACAUCCCUGGGAGCACCCCCAUCAAGAGGAGGAGCACCAGCCAGGUGUCCCAGGAGGCUUUGGGGGAGCUGAGGGCCAUGCCUGGCAUGAUCACCUUCUCUCAAGAUUACGUGGCCAAUGAGCUCACCCAAAGCUUCUUCACCAUCACCCUGAAGAUCCAGAAGAAGAUGGCUGGUUCCCAAAAUGCCACAGAACCCUCAGACAUGUUCCCAGUCCUGCCUGGCUCCUACCUGCCACUCAACAACCCAGCUCUGGAGUUCAUCAAAUAUGUCUGCAAGGUCCUCUCCCUGGAUGCCAACAUAACCAACCAGGUGAACAAACUACGCCGGGACCUGCUGCGCCUCAUCGAGGUGGGCGAGUUCUCAGAAGCAGCCCAGUUUCGGGACCCUUGCCGCUCCUAUGUGCUUCCUGAAGUCAUCUGCAGGAACUGCAACUUCUGCAGGGAUUUGGACCUGUGCAAGGACCCUGCCCCUUCCCAGGACAGGCUGGUGGUGCCCAGCUGGCUCUGCCCCAGCUGCCAUGUGCAGUAUGAUACUGAUGCCAUCGAGAUGGCGCUGGUGGAAGCCCUGCAGAAGAAACUGAUGGCCUUUGUGCUGCAGGACCUGGUGUGCAGAAAGUGUCACGGUGUGAAGGAGACACACAUGCCUGUGUACUGCAGCUGUGCUGGAGACUUCACCCUCACCAUCUCCUCCCAGGUCUUCAUGGACCAUGUCAGUGUCUUCCAGAACAUUGCCCGGCACUAUGGCAUGGCCUACUUGCUGGAAACCAUUGAGUGGCUGCUGCACACCAACCUCCAGCUCCAGCAAUGAGGGCUGGGCUGCUCUUCUUGCCUACUCCAUGCUCUCACAUCCAUGGAGAGUAGUACUGGACCCCCUUGGCCAUGGGCCAGACCACAAAGACACUGCACACCCCUCCUGCAGGGAGGAAAGAGGAGGAGAGCCAUGCUUGGCACUGGGUUGUCUUUGCCCAGAGCUGCCUGGUGGGGGAUUUGGGAGUUUCCAGUGGCUAGAACUGGGUUCCACAGGUCUGUGCUGGCCCCAGGUGUAGUUUUAAUUUUCAAUUUCUGUAAAUAAAUGCGUGGUAGAA